AAUCGAACGAGAUAAAUAAAGAAGAAAAACGAUUGGUAAAAUUUAAAAAAACGAGAAAGAAAACGAAGUAAGAUCACAUCGAUAGAAGCAAAAAAGUACUCUUCUCGAAACUGGUCUUCAAAAUGAAUAAAAAUGUUCUGACAACUUCGCAUACCAAGAAUUUUUUUGACGAGGAAGCUAUCUUGAAGAAGGUACGAUGGCGCAAUCUCAUAGCAUUCUGGAUCCUAGGUCUAUGCAACAAUUACGGCUAUGUCGUGAUGCUCAGCGCGGCCCACGACAUCCUACAGAGCAAAUUCGGUGAGCAAAAUGAUACAUUAAACAAAAACGACAUGAACAUGACGGAAUAUCAAUGGAAUACGACUCGUACAUGCAACACGGUUUCAACUGGUGCCAUACUUUUAGCAGAUAUUCUGCCAGCAUUGGCAAUCAAGAUCACGGCGCCAUUUCUACCAUUUCUAGUACAUGCUCGACUGGCUACCUGUGUGUUAUUUUCCGCUGCAGGAUUCCUCAUGGUGUCGUUGAGUACUACCGAAUGGAUCGCCAUUAUGGGCGUUAUUAUAACGUCGCUUUCCUCCGGCUUGGGUGAAGUUACUCUUCUCAGUUACAGUAAUCAAUUCUCUAAGCAAGUGAUCUCGACGUGGUCAUCGGGCACGGGCGGCGCUGGAGUAAUCGGCGCUGUAUCUUACGCUGGACUCACCUUGGUACUAUCUAUCGAGAAUACAUUGCUAGUCAUGUUGAUCGUGCCACUUUUGCAAGCGGUCACGUUCUGGGUUAUCCUCAAACACCCGACGCACAUCAGAAUUCCAAUCACCAAGAACGGCAUCGAUAGUCAAGAACAAAUCAUUAAGAUCCCUGAAAAGACUUUCAGGGAUAAGAUUAAUUUAGUGCCUGGCUUGCUGAAGUACAUGAUACCACUUGGGCUCGUUUACCUAUUUGAAUACUUCAUUAAUCAAGGCUUGUACGAACUUGUCGAAUUCAAAGAUAUUUGGUUGACACACUCCGAACAAUACAGAUGGCUCCAAGUGGAUUACCAAAUAGGUGUAUUUAUCUCGAGGUCGUCGGUGAACCUGGUCACCAUUAAUAAAAUUUGGAUUAUGUCCGUGUUGCAGUUCUUUAACGUUAUACUCUUUUUCUUCGAGACCCUCUAUUAUUACAUACCAAAUAUAUGGAUCGUUUUUGCUCUUGUAUUGUGGGAGGGUCUACUUGGCGGUGGAGCGUAUGUGAACACGUUCUAUCGAAUGUCAACUGAGAUUCCGAAGGUGGAUCGCGAAGCUUCUUUGGGAAUCGCGACGAUGGCAGACUCUAUCGGGAUUGCGUUAGCCGGUUGGUUGUCCAUGCCUGUUCACAAUGCCAUUUGUAAAUUACCGCAACCGACGCGAUUAGGUAGUUAAAGAUAUCGUGGUGGUUCCCCUGCUACUGAGUGAUAACAAAGUUUCUGUAGAAACUUACUUUUAAAAGUUCCUCAACACAACAUGCCGAUGAUUAACGGCAAAUAUGAGGUGUCUCUUUUAUUAAUUUAACGAUUGCAUGUAGAUCAAAUGUAUGCAAUUGUUUAAUCGCGCAUUCGCGGAUCAUAAAAUUAUUAACGUUCUAGUCCGGUUAAACUUUUAGCUUUGUGGGAGUAUUCGAAUCUACGAAAUUUUGAGGAAAUAUUAAUAAAGCAAACGUUCAGAAUGCAGGCGACACGGUGAUGAAUUUUUAUAUAGUUUACUACUUUUAAUAUAUUUUAUAAAUAUUGAUAUUUAUUAGAUUUUCUAAAUGAUAUUUUUAAAGUCAUGACCGUGUCACUCGCAGAAACAUUUUAGAUUCGUUAUAAGCGGUUUGUAAGCAGUUUGGAUUACAAUGUAUUACAAUUACAAAUAUCCGAGCUUUAUUCGGUACAAACGUUUAAAAGAUUAGGAACAGGGCAUAUUGCAGUACAUGUCGCAUAUUAAAUAUACAUAGGCGACGUAACAUAUAAUACACGAAUAUCAUCUGUGUUUUCGCUGCGGAACGAAAGAAUUUCUUUUUCUCUUUCGGAAUAACUGUACCUAGAUCCUGCUGUACUAUAGGUCUAUUUGUUUCACGAUAUGCGUAUAAAUUUUGAAAAUUGUACUGUAAAUCUAUAUUUCUUCUCUAUAACAUAUCUAAAUUUUGACUUGUACUGUAGUCUUGUUUUACUGUAGUCUAGUGCUGAUAUCGUAGAGAUAUAUUCUGAGAUUACUAUUGUUGAUCUUUAUAUAGUUUCCAUAAUAUAUCCGACUUGUUGCGAUGAAACGAGAUACGCAAGUAUUUUCGUGCGUCCUUAAGAUUCCGCACCGUCGAGA